AUGGAUUCUGAUGCUAUGAAAAAUGCUCAAUGUCAAUAUGAACAAAAGACAACAUUUAGAGAUAAAUUUAAAGUGGUAUGGGAUAAUUUAGCUCAAUAUAAUGACAUGAAUACUGGUAAUACUAAAAAAACAGUUGGUCACUCAAUACUCUGGAAAAAAGUUGGGAAUAAAGAAUUUACUGCUGCAAAAAAUGAACAUUAUUUGCGCAAGUCAAUUGAAGCAUACACCAAGAGUAUUGCUUUUGCACCAGUUGGAUCCAAAGAAUUGUCAUUGGCUUAUGCAAAUCGUUCAGCUGUAUUGUCCAAGGCAAGACUCUAUGAAGAUUGUCUUCUUGACAUUGAACGUUCGUUGAAGGCAGGCUAUCCAGAUAAAUUAAAAACAAAAUUAUUUUUACGUCAAUCAUUGUGUUUCAAAGCAUUGAAACCAAGCUCACAUAUUGAAUCAGGUAUUUCAAUGUUGAAAAAAACAAAGAAAAAUAAUCAACAUGUUGUUGCAACAAGAGACAUUAAAUCUGGUGAAUUUAUUUACAUUUCUGAGCCACUUGCAGCAACUCCUGGUAGAGAAUUACGUUUUACAAAUUGUUGGCAUUGUUGUCGUUCAACUUGGGCUGGUGUACCAUGUGAUAAUUGUCCAAACGUCAUUUAUUGUUCCGUCAUAUGUAAAAAAAAAGCAUGGGACAGUUAUCAUAAUAUUGAAUGUUUAGUAUUGGGAGAACUUUUCCAACAUGCCAAUAUACCUACAGGGUUUAUUCUACCAGUAAAACUCUUUUUGAAAACAUUAAACUUAGCUGGUGGUUUGCUUGAAUUAAAAAAAAAAGUUGACGAUAUUGACUCGAUGAAAAAUCAAGGAUCGAUAUUGACCAAUGGUAUUCUUGAUGUUAACACGGUUUCUAAUGUUCAUCUUUUAGAAUAUUUUAAACCAACAUCAAAUAUUUGUAGUUUUGAAAUAGCAUUACUUGUGGUAACGAUUGUUUCAACCCUUUGUCAAAAAACAGAUAUAUUAGGUAAAAAAAUGACAGCUAAAUAUUUGGUUGAAAAUAAAAAUGAAAAAAUAUUAAUUUUAGGAGAAUUAAUAUUGCGUUAUAUGAUGAUUGUGUAUCGCAGCGGUGAAGUGAUGUCGAAAAAAAAAUCUGGUAGUAAUGUUGUGUUAUCAAAUACCAUGCUAUCAUUUUCGACGAUAAUAAAACCAAGCUGUGAUCCCAAUGUCAACUGGACUCAUGUUGGUUCAAACGUUGGAUAUUAUGCUUGCAAACCAAUCAAGCAAGGAGAACCGCUACUUUUGAGUACUACUGAUUCAUAUCAUAAGUCCCCAAAAAUUGAACGGUGUGCACGAUUGGGACCAUGUAAAUGUAAAGCAUGCGUUGAAAAUUGGCCAACUGUGGAACAUCUUCCGUCCUACCAGAGUCUUGCAAUUAUAUUACCGACAACAAUCAAUAGAGAAUUGAAUUGCUUGAACGUAAAAUUCAAAGAAUGGCAGAAGCUUAUCCAGCAGGGAGAUACUAAAAAGUUAUCAACAAUUAAGGAUGAGUUGAAUAGCAUGAAUGACAUGAUUCAUCAAUACAUCACUGUUCCUUGUCGAGAAAUAUCAAUAUUGCAUUCAUUACUCAAAUCCUUGUACCGUCAACUGCAUUGUGUUCAUGACAUUUACGACUAA